GUGUGUGUAUAUAUAUAUAUAUAUAUAGAGUUUCCCCAAAACGAGCUUCUCACACUUCUCGGAUGUUUGGUUCUCUCCACCGCUGAAACGACGAUGAACGCCGCAGCUCCUCCUGAUUUCAUCCAAGUCACAGACUACCAGAACGGAAGCGAUUCCGACACCAACAUCGACGACGACGAUGCAGCCGCCGCCGAGUUCUACCAGCCAGUCUCCGCCGUCGAUUCCGAAGAUGACGAAGACCAGAUCGGAAACGACGCCGCUCCGAUCCACUCCCAGCUGCACUCCAACGGCGUCACUGUCAAUCAGGUCGAGGGGGGAAUCUCGUUUCUCCAGCUAAACGACGACGUCGGGCGCAAUGAUCACUUGAACAGCAGUAGGGAUGGCGAAGCGGAAGAAGAAGAAGAAGUGGAGGAGGAGGAGGCUUCCGAUUAGGCGAUCAUGAGGGCGUUCAGAGAAGACGAGAGUCGCAGAAACGCGCCGCUGACGGCGGAGAACGCGACGAGGGUCAGAGAGGCCAUGCGUGGAAUUUCAUUCGCCGGAACUCCUCCGCAUUGGGCGGAGCUGAUCGCUGAGAACAACUGGAUGGACCGCCUUCACGGGGUCGGACAAUCUUCGUCCCGGAGCUAAAACAGUUUAAUUGUAUUCUCUCUUUUUUAUCUGUUUGGAGUGGACUGCAAAUUUUCAAAUAUGUUGGGUGUAAAAUAUAAUUUCAAUAAUAUUAAUAUCCAGCAAUUCACAUAA